CAGAGAACAGUGCCGGUAUCGAUUUGACACUAUGUAAACGUAUCGCGUUUAGCAGAAGAGGUUGAUCAUGAUUUGCGCUUGACUAUUUGCGUACUGUCACUUCAUAUGGUCUUCGCCGCACGGUCGCUAGCUAGGUAGUUUAGCGUCCAUUGUGCAAAUUUGCAACCGAAAGAUGACAUCGCCACCGGAAGUUCCCGAUUGGGGUGCUCUCGCCACCGCGGCGGAGCCUCGGCCAUUCCUGCUCUCCGUGCAGCUUCAUUUGCAGUCCUCCAAGCAGCAUUACAAGGCGAUGCUGCAAAGCCUUGGCGCUGUCUUCUUCAAUCAAAUUGACGCGGAAAGCAGCCUGGAUUUCUUGCUGUCGUGCUUGGAGUUGCUUGUGCUCGGCGAUGGCCCUGCCUCCAACAGCAGCGGCAGGGCCCCGCUCCAACAAACGUCCGAGCCAGGGGCACCUCCCGCGCCCACGGGGCCCCUUGUGUCAGCGUCGGUGGGACUAACCACGACAGCGGGUGAAUCCCCAACGGCAAUGGGCGACGACAUGUUGACAUCUCCGGCCAUGGCACUGCUUGCGGAAGCACAAACAGAAUCACUGCAAGCCACCGACGUGGCCGCAUUUGCCUCCGAUGGCACCCAAUCUGAGGGCGCUGCUGCCGACGCCUCGGCGUUGCCCUCGCCAUCGGCGCAUGUCAGACUUGAGAUGACGAUGGGACGAAAGCAGGAGCGUCGAGCUCGCCGGCAGCAGCAGCUGCACCAACAGCCACCUCAGUCCCAGCGUUCGCAAGAGCAGCAGCUGCAGCAGCAACGCGACGCCUGGAACGGCACUCUGAGUCACCUGCUGCUGGACCUCUUGCACCAAAACGCAAGGCAGGAAAAGCAACGCCAGCUACGGCAGCAGCAACAACAGGCAACGACACCACUACGCUCGCCACAAUCAUCAUCAGCAUCACAACAGCAGCAGCAGGAGGGGCAACAAGAGGAGCAACAACAUCAGCAGCAGCAAUCCGCGGCGGGUCGUCAUCGACUCCGUGUGUUAGCCCUGUUCGAUGCGGCUUGCGGUCAGAGCCGACACGCCCGGCUGGCGCUGAAGCUAGCGCAGGCGUUCGAGCUGGAGUGCACUGACGUACCCGAGCCGGCCUCCCUGGUGGCCGCCGUACAGGAGCUGCUGGGGAACCGAGUAACGCUCACACCGGGGCUGGGGCUGGUGGUGCAUUUCCAGUCGCUGCUGUGCCCCUGCGUGGACCGACCGGCGCUGUUCUCACUGCUGGUGGCGGAAGGCAAGGAGGCGGCGGCGGAGAAGUGGGCGGCGGGGCUGAGCAGGGAGGACAAGAUCGCCUACGUGCAGGCGUGUGUGGCUGCGGACCGGCUGCGUGCGGCCGCCCGCGCCACCCGCCUGUUCGGACUGCAGCAGGAGUUCCCGGACAUGGAGGCGCGCUACCGUCGCGCCUCCCUGCGCAAGCUGGCGGGGCGUCGCGUGUGGGGCGUGGCGGCCUCCUUCGCGGGGGCCGACCCGGCCAUGCAAUUGGAGCUGCUGGAGAUGAUGAUCGAGGCCGGAGAAGCCUCACUGGCCUCCGACUACCUCCGUCGCUUCCGUCUGCCGCCCGCCGCCGCCGCCACACUCGCCGCCGCAUUAGACCCCGCCGUACUGGCGGCGCAAGAAGCCGAGCGGGCGGUGCGUUACCUGCAGCUGGAUCUGCCGCCUUGCCGCAUUGAGGUGGCGGCGGCGCGAGCGGAGCGACCCAUGGGUCUGCCGACUGGGGUGAUCUGGGUCGACGGACCCAUGGGUCUGCGGGCCGCGGCGGCGGUGCUGGCGGGCGCAGACGUGGUGGGGAUUGAUGUGGAGUGGCGUGCAGGGGGUUUCGGAGGAGGCAUGGAAGAGGAGGAGGAGGAGGCAGAGGAGGAGGAUGGGGAGGAGGAGGAGCAGGAGGAGGAAGAAGAGAGCAGAAGGGGCGGGCGAGGGAGACGUGGAAGAGGCGGCGGCGGCGGUGGUGGUGGAAAAGCAAAAGAGGGUCCUGCUGCAUUGCUGCAGGUGGCAACUAGAGAUGCGGUUUUGUUGUUCGACCUUUUGGCGCUUUGUACCCCAGGGAGAGAUGUGUGCGAAGGUGGAGGUGGGGCAGCGAAUACCGGAAUUGGAGGACAGCAGCCGGGUCAAGAUCAGGAUGUAGAUUCAGUUUUGGAUCUGAAUGCCGUACUGGGGCCGGUGUUCGGACCGGGUGGAGCGCUGGUGCUAGGGUUUGGGCUGGCAGGCGACCUAUCCAAGCUGGCCUCCUCCUACCCCCACGUGCCCGCAUUCCGCUACGUGGCUGCCGUACUGGACCUCUACGACAUGUGGCGGGCGCACAUGAACCCGGCCAACAGGGGCCUUCGGGGGGCAGCAGCCGCAGGAGCAGCAGGUGCUGGGGGCAGCAAAAACAAGGGGCCUACCACCGCAGCGGUCGCCGCUGCCGCUUCCCAGCCCUCCCCGCCCUCCUCCUCAUCCCUGUUGGGCGGCUAUCCCCCCGCCGGCCUAUCCACCCUGGCUGCGGGUCUGCUGGGGAAGCCGCUGGAUAAGACCAUGCAGGUAUCCGAUUGGGAGGCCCGGCCCCUCACCCCCCGUCAGUUGGCGUACGCCGCACUGGACGCCCACGUGCUACUGCGCCUGUGGCAGGCCUUCCAUGACGCCAUGCCGCCGGGGCUGCCGCAGCGGGUGAUGGAGGAGAGGGUGGCGCCGUACAAGGCGCCGGCGGGUAGGGCAGCGGCGGCAGCGGCGGCGGCGGGACAGGGCCGGCGGGAAGGUGGAGGAAAGCGUGGGAGGGAUGGUAGCGGCGGCGACGGAGGCGGAGGAGGCUGUAGCGGCGACGGAGGCGGCGGCGGUGGCAAGGGGAAUGGCGACGGCGACGAUGGUGGUGGCGGCGGCGGAGGGGGCGGCGGCACCGUUGGCGGUGGAGGUAUGAUUGGAGGAGGUACCGCAGCAGUGGCUACAACGACAGCGAUGGGGGCAGGGUCUGGGUCGGGUGGAAGCAGCCGCUCUGGGAAUAGUGCGGGCGCCAAGUCACCGCGAUGUUCGCAGCAUCAGCAGCAGCAGACACCAAGAACAAUGGCGACGUCAUCGUUGCUGUUCGGCGCUUCUAUAGUUGACGGCGGCGCAACGACGGCAGUGCUGACAGCAUCGGCCGUCACCACCGCAACCCCAACAGCCGCUGCAACGGCAACAGGAGAUGUUAGCGGCAGCUGUGUUGCAGCUGUAGGGCCCAUUAAAGCCCUGUCUAAAACGUACGGCAGCACGUCCUUCGCGUCGUCAUCAUCGUCGUACAAGGUUCCCGGAUGCUCGUCCACCGUGACGCCACUGGUGCCGCCGCCAGAGGCGUUUGCAAGCGGCGGCGGCGGCAGCGGAGGAACGCUGCCGCUGCCGCCAAGUGUGGCUGCCGUACUGCAGCGUCACGGGCUGUUGGACGACGCCGUACGAUGGCUCUUGCCUGACGCGCCGCCACCGCCGCUUCAGCAGCAGCAGCAGUCUGCCAUCUCUGGUUCCGACACACCGCUACCACUGCCACCACAACCGGCGCCAGAGCCCCUGCUUCCUGACCCCAAUGCUAACAACACCCUUGCGCCGCCGCCGUCGGCGACAGCGCUGCCCGCUACCGCCACCGCCCCCGACGCCGCCGCCGCACUGGGCGUGCCGCCGUCGCGCGUCGCGAAGAGCGUUGCCGUACUGGCGGCGGGGAAACCGUGGCUGGCUGUCGUACCCGGGGAUCGGCGACUCGACUGGCACAAGGUUGCCGCGGUGGUAGGGGUGUCUCGGAGGGCCCUACGGGUGGCCACCCCGGGGGAGUGCGUGUCGGCAUUCGGGUUCGUGCCAGGCACGUUGCCGCCCUUCGGCCACCCCACUCCGCUGCCCGUCAUUGUUGAUAUUGGGCUGGGAGCAGCUGCAGCAGCAGCAGAGGCAGUGGUAAAACCAGCAGCAGGAGCAGGGGCAGGAACGGCAGAGGAGGUUGUAACAACGGUGAUGGCAGCAUCAGGGCUAGCAACAGCAGCAGGGCUAGUAACGGUUGCGCCGCCGUCCGCCUCCUCCUCCCUGUACUGCGGAAGCGGAGUGCCGUACGCCGUCAUUGAGGUGUCGUACAGCGACCUGCUGACGUUGACGGCCGGCCGAGCAGCCGACGUCGCCGCGGGUCCUAAUCAGGACUCCUCCGACGGUCCGAUGGGUGCUGCUGCUGCCGCCGCCUCACCCUCUCCCUCCCCGUCUCCCUCGCCUUCUCCGUACGCCUCUCAAGCCGACCUAGCUGUGGGCUUCUCAUCCACCUCCAUCUCUGCCAGCGGAAUGUGCACUCCGGAACCUCCCUCCUCAGCCGCAGCCGGAGGCGCAAGCGCAGCAGCGUCAGCAGCAAGCGCAACUAACGGUGGCAACGGCAGUAACGGUCACGGCGGCGCCAACCGUUUUCUGUUGGACAGCAUGUUGGGGCGGUUAUGUCGUUGGUUGCGUUGCCUGGGGGUGGAUGCGGAGUAUGUAGGGAGGACGUCUCCGGGGAAGGCGGAGCUGGCAAGGCUAUCCGCACGGGCGGCUCGCGAGGGCCGCGUCUUCCUAACUCGAGACCAGCGGCUAGCCGAGCGACGUGAUGUGGCAGCGCCGUACGUGCUGCACAGCGAUGACGCGGCGGCGCAAUUGGACGAGCUGGUACGGCACUUCAACGUCAGGUUUGACGAGGCGUUGGUGAUGUCGCGAUGUAACGCCUGCAACGCCGCCGCCUUCCAGCUGGUCAGCCCCAAGGAGGCUGCUCGGCCGCUGGUACCGCCGAGGGUGUUCGAGCUGGUGGAGGAGUUCUGGCGGUGCGGCAGCUGCGGCAAAGUGUUCUGGAUGGGGCCCAAGUCCGCAUCCGCUUUGGAGUUGGUGGGGGGCAUGAUGGCGCGCACGCAGGGGCAGCAGCAGCAGCCAG